GCCGUGCAUGGCGGAGGGCGCGGCGCUGCGGGCCGUGAGGGGCUGCCUGGCCGCCUUCCCUCGGGAGGCCCGCGAGCUGGGCUGGCCGGAGUCUGUACCCUAUCUUGACAGGCCUCCGUCCCCGCUGGAGUUUUAUCGAGACUGGGUGAGUCCGAAUAAACCCUGUAUAAUUCGCAACGCCAUCAGCCACUGGCCAGCCCUGAAGAAAUGGACCUCGGCGUACCUCAGGGAGGUAGUAGGUCCCAAGGUGGUGAGUGUGGCAGUGACACCAAAUGGUUAUGCAGAUGCAGUGUUUCAGGACCGUUUUGUCAUGCCAGAGGAGCGCCAAAUGCCUUUCACAGACUUCUUGGACAUUGUGGAGAAGAAAGUGACCUCUCCCAAUGUAUUCUAUGUGCAGAAGCAGUGUUCAAAUCUCACUGAGGAGUUCCCUGAACUUGUCUGUGAUGUGCAGCCUGAUAUACCAUGGAUGAGCGAGGCACUGGGGAAGAAGCCUGAUGCUGUGAAUUUCUGGCUGGGGGAGUCAGCUGCUGUGACAUCUUUACAUAAAGAUCAUUAUGAGAACUUGUACUGUGUGGUAUCUGGAGAGAAAUAUUUUCUACUGCAUCCACCAAGUGACCGUCCCUUCAUCCCAUACGAGCUCUACCAGCCAGCAACCUACCAUGUAUCAGAAGAUGGUUCAUUUGAAAUUGUGGAUGAAAAGACUGCAGAGAAGGUGCCCUGGAUCCCUCUGGACCCCUUGAACCCAGAUCUAGAGCUGUAUCCAGAGUAUGCUCAGGCAAAACCUUUGCAGUGUACAGUGAAAGCUGGUGAGAUGUUAUAUCUGCCUUCUCUCUGGUUCCAUCAUGUUCAGCAAUCACAUGGCUGUAUUGCAGUGAAUUAUUGGUAUGACAUGGAAUAUGACAUUAAGUACAGCUAUUAUCAACUGCUAGAUUGUCUCACAAAAACUGUGAAAAUGCUAUAGCAAAGGUGGGAGACUCAAGCUUGUGAUGUCUCUUUCUGAUGUGAUACAAUCAUCAGCAUCUGUGACUGGAGUACAAACAAGAUUCUCCCCAAAAGAACUGAAUAUUAAAUUAUGGUCAAUAAUGCCUACUGAACACAUCAUGGCUAUUUUUCUUGAUUUCAGAGUCCAGACCAAUUGGCCAGAUUUUUUAGCUUGUAAGCAGAACUUUCAUAAUGAGAUUUUUAGGCCUUUGCAUGUUGCCUUGGUGAUGGUGAGGAAAAUAAGGUGUGAAGGAAGACAAUCCAGGUUUGGAAAAUCCCAAAACGGAAGCUCUGACUGUUCAGAUUUAUGGAUUAUUUUCAUAAGAACCCAGUGGACAAGGAAGGGUCUGCUCUGUGCAUCAGGCUGCAACAGUCCAACAUAUGCAUUCUGCUUAAGGCAAAAGUCUGUCCUGAUGUAAUUCUCUAAGUUCAGUGGCUGUGGUGUUUGGAUGGUGAGAAACUACAACUUCUGCAAUAAAUAAGUCAGGUUAAAGCUUAUUUCUGUACUAAUUUUUUUUCAAAGGUAAACAGUGGCUAAAGGACAUCUAGGAGGACAUGUAAAAGUCAAUGUUGGCUGUUUUCCAAUAAAAAGCUACACGGUUUUA